AUGCGUUCCCUUUACGCUAUUCCUUUUAUCUCUUCAGGCGAAGCCUUCCUAUUGGCGCUUGCGGUGGCGGACGUCGAAGAUCUAAACAUAGUCUGCUCGAAACUUUUACUACACAGACUUACUUUCGAUCAAACCUCGACGCCUUUAGAGAUCCCAGAGGAUCCCCCAAAUGAACGCCUCUCCCCGUCCUGCCGCUCUGAAGAUGUGCAGCCGUGGCAUAAGUCGACAGAAAAGAACGGUUCGGGCGCGGAUAACGAGGGCGUAGCCCACCACGGCGCUACCACCGAACCAUGGCACGAAGCUGCCAACGAAAAAGGAGCCCCAGAAAGCUCCUCAACAACGACGAUGGUCAUCGAAAAGGGCGCAAACAACACUAGCAAAAGGGCAGUGAGAGCGGACAGCUAUAAACGCUGCGCGCGAGGCCCACAGACAACACAGAACUCCUAG